AUGAAUGCGCUCCGCCAGAAAUGCCGACCGAAACAUCAGGUUUUGAUCCUGAAGUGCUACCCAAAGUUACCCAAGAACCCGGCAGGCAGUGCGAGCGAGGCAAAGCCGAACGGCAGCGAACUCAGCUAUCUUGUCUACUACGCGUCUAGUCGUAGGGCCAAACUCACAAAGGUUGGCAGUUUUCUGGAGAAGCGCACCGCCUCGGAUGUCUACAAGGGCAGGAUAGGAGCAGUCCACGUCACUUUGGGAAUCUUGACCGCCUUCCUCAACUCGUCCAGCAUCUCCUCAGUCGACACAUUCCCCCUAUUGGCCCCUCAUGUCCUUACCAUCCUGCAAGAAGUCCUGGGCCACUCCAACGAUACCGGUCUGAUUGAAGCAUGUCUCCCUGUGUGGGACGCUUUCUGUCGUGAUCAAGAUUAUGGCACGCUCGCCGCCGACGUUCAAUACCGCCAGCAAUUCGCCGAUGUGGUCAAGAGAUGGACAGCAUACGCCGACAAGAAGACGAAGGAGGCCGGUGGUUCCAGCGAUGCUCUCAAGCUACGCAAAGCUGGUCUCGAGGCAUUGCGCAGUAUCGCCAACGCCCAAGCUCUUGCUAGUGAGCCAGGUCGCCAGAUCCCCGUCUUCCUGCCCGCCGUUCUACGCAACCUCUACUCGCAGGAUGCCACAUAUCUCACCACACUCGACGAGCGAUUGAAUGAGCAAAAGCAUGCUCAACAAGGAUUGCGUCCCAGCAUGCAGACAAUCCGCAGUACAGCCACAAAAGAGGAAGGAGACCCGCGUGCUGCCGCAGGCACUGCCCAAGAAGCCGAUCGCUAUGCAGAGGAAGAGGCUGGUAUACUGGCUAUGCAAUGCUUCAAGGCCUUGUUCGACGUCGACAAUCGUGCCCAAGUCCGCAUGGCAACCUCGAGUAUGCUUGAAUACAUUUCACAACAAAACUCGGCUCACGCCUGGUCCGUUGCCCUGGUCAAGCUGGCAUGCGAGUUCACUCCUGUCCAGGAUCGCUUUGUUGUCUUGUUCACUGCUGUCGAUGUUCUGAUUCACAGCCCCAUCAUUGAGGAUGCUCUACAGCAACAAAUCGUCUUGGCUGUCAUCAUCGAGCAGAUCCUUGGUUCUAACAUCAACUUGAUCGGAUUGUCAGUCAUGGACAUCCUGCUUGGUUUGGUGCAGCACAUCCUUUUGAUUUUGCAGCUUGGCACCACUCUUCCCAACCUGAAUGGUUCCAACGAAAAGCCAAAAUCUCCUGUCAUGGAAGUUGUCAAGACACCUUCUCCCAUCAGAGUUGAGCUGCUUACUCACUUGCGUCAAUGCAUUGUCAAUCUCGCAAAGCACGUCUACUACACGGAUCAAAUCUCAGACAUGGUGUCGGCCCUUCUGCUCCGUUUGAAGCCUGCCUCUGCUGGCUCCAACAUGCCUGCUGCUACCGCAAAUGCUAUCGAGGAUCCCGCUGGUGCUUCCAACGACUCUGCCGCUAACAGUGGCUUGAAGGAAAGGCCUAACACCGACGGCUUCUUCUCAUUUGACACUGCUCGAGAAGUUGCACUUGAUUCUGUUAAGCGCAUUCUCAUUGUUGCCAACAGCAACGACCCCUCGGCCAACGAGUCGACCAAGAAUCAGAAUCCUGUUCCCAUUGGAGUCUGGGAGGGGACUCAGUGGCUGCUGCGCGAUUCGUACCGUCCAGUACGUGUGGCUUAUGUAGACGCAUUGUGCACAUGGCUUGACCUUGAAACUCGUGCAACCGACUCGAAGAUCGAGGAAAAGCCAACUUCCGAGAAGCAGAAACGGGACAAUGUCAACGGUAACAACAUGGCUCGCAGAGCUGUUUCUAAUGCUUCAGCACGUGGGCGCGGCACAAGGAAGAGUCGUUCCUUCUUCCUGCAACUUCUCCAUCUUGCCAUCUACGAGGAUGCUUUGCAUCUUGCCGAUCGCCCCGAGGCUGAUCAUGAGUUCCUGCUUUUGCACUACUUGCUUGCGUCCAUGAUUGCCAAACUCGGCGUCAAUGCUGUUCGCUCUGGUCUUCCCAUGAUUUUCCGUUUGCAAGAAGACAUUCAGGCUAUUGAGAACCCCAAGGCCAAGGUUCGACUCGGCAGCUUGGUUCAUGGUUAUCUAUGGGCAGUAGCUCACAAGUUCAACUUUGAGCACUCCGUUGUCGGCAACGAGGUUCAAUCUGAAGUUGUUCGUAGACAGCAAGCUGGAAUCUGGGUCCACGGUAUUCAGGUUCCUGCUGUAUCACUGGCGAGAAUCGCAGAGGUGGCUGCAUCCGCUCCUACACAGUUGACGGCGACUACUGUUGAGUCUCAAACUCUGAAGCCCUUCGACCACCGCGAACAAUUCGUCGAGCGCAUUUCCGAUACCUACAGCGCAAGCGUUGCUUCACCUCCGGCUACACCAGGUAGCCCCGGACGCAGUUUCUCUUUGCCUACCUUGAACCUUGCUCCUAAUGAUUUCUUGGCCGCUCCCAACAGAUCGAAGGCUGACCUUCCACAGUCCUGUGUUGAUGAGCUCUCAGCAGUCUGGUCGAAGGAAGAGCUCCUCGCAACCGUCGCAGCUGCAGCACCCAAAUCGACAUCAUUGAGUGGUUCACGUGCUGGCACU